AUGUCUUCUUCAACGUUCAGCGGCGAUGAAACGGCACCGUUCUUUGGGUUCCUUGGCGCCGCUGCGGCCCUCGUCUUCUCAUGUAUGGGAGCAGCAUACGGAACAGCGAAGAGCGGAGUAGGUGUGGCGUCGAUGGGAGUGAUGAGGCCGGAGCUGGUGAUGAAGUCGAUCGUGCCGGUGGUUAUGGCUGGUGUGCUGGGUAUCUACGGCCUUAUCAUCGCCGUCAUCAUCAGUACGGGCAUCAACCCCAAGGCCAAAUCCUAUUACCUCUUCGAUGGCUACGCCCAUCUCUCCUCUGGUCUCGCUUGUGGCCUUGCUGGCCUCUCUGCUGGUAUGGCUAUUGGCAUUGUCGGUGAUGCUGGUGUUAGAGCCAAUGCCCAGCAGCCAAAGCUUUUUGUUGGGAUGAUCCUCAUUCUCAUUUUUGCUGAAGCACUUGCCCUGUACGGUCUCAUUGUUGGCAUCAUUCUCUCUUCCCGAUCGGGUCAGUCAAGAGCCGACUAG